CGGAGAGUCCAGGGACGUGCGACGGGCGCACUACACGUCGCGUAGUUGAAGGCUGCAUGGCGUCUUAUCAAAUGGCGGAGUCCUGCGUUUUAAAUUAGAUUCGCCUGGAUGGACAGCACCUACACGUCUGCGAUAUGUCAAUGGAGAAUAAUGUGUGGAAUGCCUGUGACUACAGUCACAACGUCACUUUCUUCUACAAACUGGUGGGUAAGAAAAUUAAUGAAAACUGGACAUCCCGUGAUUUACUGGUGAUCGGCCUAGGCCUGACGGUGUGCCUCAUCGUAGUCCUGGCCAACCUAUUGGUGAUGGCAGCCAUCUUCAUAAACCGGCGCUUCCAUUUCCCCAUCUACUAUCUCCUGGGCAACAUGGCUGCAGCCGACCUGUUUGCCGGUAUGGCCUACACCAAUCUGAUUCUGAACACGGGUCCCUGGACCAGCAGGCUGACCAAGGAGCAGUGGUAUAUCCGUGGGGCUCUGAUUGACAUCAGCCUCACAGCUUCUGUGGCCAACCUGCUGGCUGUGGCCGUGGAGCGCCACCAGACCAUCCUCACCAUGCAGUUGCACAGCACGAUGAGCAAGCGGCGUGUGGUGCUGCUCAUUGUCUGCAUCUGGGCCGUGGGCAUCGUCAUGGGACUGGUGCCUUCCAUGUUCUGGAACUGUGAGUGUGACUUGGAAGACUGUUCCACCAUUGCUCCCCUCUACAGCAGACGUUUCCUUAUCUUCUGGGCGGUUCUCAAUCUGCUCACCUUCCUCAUCAUGGUGGCCAUAUACACCCGGAUCUUCGUCUACGUGAGGCGCCAGAGCCAUCGCACUUCUCAGCACACCGCAGAAAUGUGGCGCAGCCAGACAGUUGUCAACCUGAUGAAAACCAUCCUCUUGGUACUGGGGGCCUUCGUAAUCUGCUGGACUCCAGGCCUCAUGACCCUCUUAUUGGAAGGGGUGUUGGGGAAAGACAGCCACGCCCACGUCUAUGAGAAAUACUGCUUGGUGAUAGCUGAGUGCAACUCCUUGGUUAAUCCCAUUAUUUAUUCCCUGCGGGACCAGGAGAUGCAGAUGACUUUUAAAUGGAUCCUGUGCUGCUUGUGGAGGAGACCAGCCGGCACCCAGCGAAGGGCGUCCUCUCCUGGCCAGUUUGACUUACCACAGCUAGAGGAGAAUAUUGUCUGCAUCCGAAACUCGGAAGGGGCGGCUGUCUAUAUGCUGCGGCAUGUGAAUGACAAGCCAGAAAGUUGGACAAUCCCAGAGCUCUGAUAUCCCCCACAGGCUUAUGAUAAGCAACUCAUGACUCUCACCAUCCAAGCAGGGCAGAAAAUUCCACUUGUAUUAUACGGUUUGUUUUCACAGAUGAUUAUUUGUACCAAAUGGUUUUUUGUUUUUUUGCUUCUCUGCCGGAUUUUGCCCAAAAUUGUUCAAACUACCUCUCUGCCAUGUUUGUAUUUGUAAUUGAAACCCAAAUCCAUAAAGAUGUAUAUAUUGGAAGAAAAAAAAAGUUCAUCACACUGGCUAUGUGCAGUCAAUUUCAACAAGGUCUCUGCAAGGUCAUAUCUUAUGAUGUGGUUCUCCUUCCCACCCGCAGUCAAGAAUCUGAUUUAAGCAUCAGUUGGUGCAAUCUUUUUAUUACAUUUGAAUAUCACAAGAGCAUUUGUGACAAAUUAUAAAAACGUAACACUCCUAAAAACAGAAAAUGACAUACUGGGAAAAACAAAAAAGGAAAAAAAAAAAAAAAAAAACCCCACACUAAAUCAUUUUAUUAGUUUUCUAGUAAGAACACUACAAUUUGUCAUAUUCUUCCAUUUGUUUUUUUUUUUUUUUUCUUACUCUUUCUAGAACAAUUCUAAAGUUGAGGUAUAAAAAGGAAGUCGUACAGACUGACGAGUCUGAAAACAGCGGGGAUUAUAUACAAGAGAGAUGGAAAGACAGAGGUAGAGAGAGGGGUAAAUACGAGGGGAAAGCCAAGAAAAGGGUCGAAAUACAAAUAUAAUAAAACAAAGUCAUCCGGUAGGUUUAAAGAGCUGGUUUGGUGCAGUGGAAGUCAUCGGUUACAUGUAGGAUAAAAAGCUCGGCUGCUAAAAUCCUCUUCCUUACUACGGCCUACGCUUCAGAAAUGCAUGACGGGUGAAAGUUGGAGCAACUUGGAAAAAGUUGUCAGUUAUGCAAACGAACCUCGUUGGUAUUCAGAAACUGUUUUGUACUGCAAAUACUCAAGUCAUUGCACAAUCAAAAGAAGACAGAUUUAAUUUUAGGGUGGGGUCCAUUAUGUAUUAUUACAAAAGUAAAAGAACUACAGCCCUAUUAAAAUUGCCAUGUUCAUGGACAGACACUCCUCUGUCCGGCUGUGUGUACAGACGGAGUACCAGGGAGCUUUCCCCACAGGAAGCCACAGUGAUGUUUGGUUCCUUCCAAAGACAACAACUGUGUCUCUACACUGAGUCGACGCGGGGGGAUACCUAUUGCAUUUGACCCUUCAAAACGCUGUCGCACACACUUUAUUCACAAACACAGUCUUGGAAUUUCCUUUCCGAGUUACCGGAAUAAGUUGCACACAAACCGUUAUACAUUUAGAGCACAACGAAACAGGCGAACGGGGCUUCGAACACUCAUUUCGAGCAACUUCGAAACUAAUACGUGGAAAAUUAUGAGCUGGAAAAAAAAGAAAAAAAAACCUCAGUGGAGAUAAUGGACUUAUUCAGUCCGUUAUGUGCAAUGUGACCUAGAGAGCCUCUAUUAAUAACGGUCCUUCCACAGCACCAAACGUCUUUAUACCUGCAGACCCUUCAUUGCAGCCUAGUUACAUGAAACAAAAAUCAUAAUAUUUGAAAAUGAUAGCAAUAUCAGAGCAAACGCGACCCCGAUACACAAUAAAGGCCAAACAAAACGCGGCAUCUCACCCGAAAAACAAAAAACAUCCAAAAAGGUUUAUAAAAGAUGAAAGAAAAUCAAAAUACUGAAACAUUCCACAAACUGUACAGUGACAUCCAUUACAACUGGUAGAAAAAAAAAAGGGGGGGGAUAAUUUGGUGCGAUGAUAACAUUAAUUGUAAGAUACAGCCGUAUGAAACGUGAUAACGGUAAACAAGUAGUCAAAUCUGGGAUAUUACACACCGGGGUUUAAAGCGCAAGGUUUUGCUCCGUCACGUUGAGAUUUAGACAAAAUCUUGAUUUACAUUUCAGUCUUCAUAAGGCUUUAUCUUACGAUCAGAAUGCUUUCUUUAUUCACAGAAUUCUCCAUGUAUAAAAUGGUUCAGAGGAUGGAAAUAAAAAAAAUAAAAAAAUCAUGUGUCUUUGACAAAGCUAAGUUUCACUACACCUGGGGCUGCCUUUUUGGUAACAGAGGAGAGAGAAGCCCUUGCUACUGGCAACAUCAACGAACAAAAACGAUGUUAUAUUUUACUAAUAACGGUUAAAGGAUGGGGGGGGGGUGUCAGUAUACUUGCUGCAGAAACAUAAGGAUCAAAAAACUGAACCACAGCCACAGAUUGUGUGUAUACAACCGUGUGUGUGUGUCUGCAGUGGCCUUGACCUGUGCGUUGCGCAACAAUAGCAUCAGAUGCCAACAAACAUAAUGAACGGCUACAGCAAAUGGAAGACGCUUCCCCACAAAGGCAACACAACCAGUCGCGUAACACGGUUGGACCAGUCGCAGCCGACCGUGCCCGAGGGACCGGUGUGUGAAGAAUCUGACUAGUUUGGCGAGCAGGCCGGAGCAGACCGCAGAGGCGGAAGCCAAAGCGGCGCGUCUUUGGCCCUUCAAACGCGUCCGCUGGCCGGUGUGAACCGGUGAAGCGCACUUUCCACAUCAAGUAUACUGACUGACGCGUUAAGGGAGGGAACAUGUCCAUGUCUCCCGGUGAGACGGGCACUCCAAAUCACAGGUGUGAUGUAAAUGGUCCUUAGUCCAGCCAUGCUCCCACUAUGCCCGAAAUAAUAACCGAAGGCCUACAAUAAAAACAACACAAAGCGUGACGACACCACGUAUAGAGACACAGCGUUGAAGAAAAUUCCCCGCUUCUCCUUGAACCAAAAAAAAAAAAAGAAGAAGAAAUCAUUGCUGAGACAUGUCACGUUCUUGAUGGUUGUAUUUUUUGGUUUUGGUACAAAAGAAGGUUUGUAUAGCGCCACCUUGGGCCUGUGAGCUUAAUGUUUCAAGUUAAGGAGGAGAUCCCAGCCAAACUUCCAUCUGGCUUCUCACUGGCCAGUAGGAAGUUUGGGAAAUAAACCGAGACAUCCAGGGAACACUGUACACGCGCCCACGCAGAAACACACACAUCACACUGAUGCAUGAUGCACUUAAUCCUUUUUGGUCUGUUUUGAUAUCAUUAUACCCUUUUUUGUUUUUUUUAUGUUAAUAAAAGUGAAGCUAAAAAUGCAAAGAUUCAAUGAAAAACAAGAGUAUCACACCUAAAAAUCCUACAUGCAUGGAAGACAGUCACGUUUCUAAGUUCAUGUCAUAUUUCUCCCAACAACCAAUCACUGCCUUGGGACUUUUCAACCCCCUUUUCUCCUCCGAACUUCACUUAGACGCUUUAUUGGUCGAUUUUUAUUUGGUGGCUGGUGCAUUCUUGGUGAAAAAGCAUUAGAAAAUAGGCUACAAUCAAAUUAACUAUUUAACAGAACGCAAGAAGAAAAGUCUACAACGACCUCUACUACGCCCUCCAUUGGUCAACAACAAGAAAGGCUGUUAGUCACAACCACGAAACCACAGAGGAGGGUCCUUUUCUCUCUUUGUUCUCAACCCUCCUCUAUUGCUCUCCUCAGGCCUACUGUGUCUUGUCCUGUCGGGUCCAGAUUGAGAACUGGAUAGAAGAACAACGCUCAUAACUGCUGUUUCCAGGUCUAGGGACCUGCUAAAAGGGUACCAGAUUUUGUGCUUGACACAUUGUAAAACUAUCCUAUGGAACAACAUGGGAGAGAGGACUGUGUGUGUGUACUUUUGAGAGCAGCGUAAGCACAUUUGUGCGUAUCUGAGUUACUGACUUUUUUUUUUACUUCAAAAAUCUCUCCCAAAGAAACAGAAUUAGGAGCUAUGCAGGGUGAGAGGAUACAAUGGUGUCUUUGUGUUAGUUGUCAGGGUGUGUGUUCACUGAGGAAACAGAAGUGGUGACAACUACUGGGGGAGUACUUUGGUACGAGCGAGGUGAGCAGAGCUCCCUGGUGAGCCAUCAUGGAGCUUGGCUCAGGCCGGUGACUGCUAUCAAAUGCCAAAGCCAGAGCUUCGUAAGCUAUAGUCAAUCGCACAGAGUUUU